AUGGGGAGGGCACCGUCGCUUGCUGGGUGGAGGAGGCCACCACACCGGUGGAGGAGACCACCACGCCGCCGGAUGUGCGUCGUGCUCCAUGAAUCCACCACGGGAAGGCAAGUGCUCCAUGGAUCCACCACGGGAAGGCGGCCAUGGCCACCGUCGAGGUGGAGGAGGCGCGUCGGGGUGGAGGAGCCGCGCGCAGGUGGAGGAGGUCGCGCCGGUUGGAGGAGGCACGCCGUGGUGGAGGAGGCCGCGCUGGCGCCGGACUUCGGGGAGAGGAGCGCGCCGCCACGGGUGGAGGAGGCGCGCCCGGGUGGAGGAGGCCGCGCCGGGUGGAGGAGGCCGCGCCGGGUGGAGGAGGUCGCGCGCCACCGAGGGUAG